AUGAAGGAAAGCCGGCGAGACUGGACUGUCGAAGCCGACCUCGCAAUUCUCGUCAAGGUCAACAACGGGUUUCAAUACGACAAACUUCCCUACAACGAGCGACACCGCUACAGCAGGCUGCUACACUUCCUGCCUCCCGACCUCUGCAACGAGUUCUUUCCGACGAAACAACUUCCAUCCGAUGCGCUGCCGCCUCGAGUCCUCAUGGGCAGGAGCCUUCUGGGCAAGCCCGUGAUGCGUCUGCCAUACGAGGGCAGCGCAUUCAUCGAGGCGGACGACGGCAGCGGCAACCUGCCUGAAUACGCCGACAUAUCUCUCAUCUCCGAAACCAAGGCCGCCAUCUCUAUUCCGUUCGAGUGGCCGCUCUGCAUCGAUCCGACGCACAUCAUCACGAGUGACGGAUCACAGGUCAUCUCUCCCUAUGCAGUCGAUGAUGUGACGCGGGACACGCGUCUAUCCGAGCUGCAAAAGGACAUCUCCGUCUUCGCAUCUCGGCGUCUCCACCGCCGGGUCUGCUCUGUCGUGCUAUUCGAAGAGUGCGGCCAGUCUGACCACGAACCUGCCGUGACGCCGUGGUGCGACCCGAGCGCGACUGCCAAAGAGGUCGAUCUCUUCAACGUCGCGGCGGGGGACCGGCUGCGUGUCUACAUCGUAGUCGAUUCACUCGCCGCCGUCCCUGAAGACGAGCCAUUCUGUCCGAUCCAAGAGCCCUCGUACGUGACGGUGCCGGAACCAUACGACCCCGAGCGCCCGCCCACAACUUUCUCGCCCGUCGUAUGA